GUUGUACACUAAUGUUAUUUGGAUAACCGUUCUGCUGUUGGUGUUAUGGCGCAUAACACGUCGGUUCUUUGACGUCUCUGGUAUUUCCACAACGAGACCAGUUGGGGUUAUCUCAGCCAUGGUUGAGAAGGAAUUGGGGGAAAGGAACUUUGGCUUUGACUCCCUGAAGUACAUAUAUAUUACAUGAUAUAGAUAUCUAUGUAUAAUUUGAUAUUAUUUAGAUAUAGAGCUCCAGGACUCCCGCCGGAGCACCCGGAGUGUUCUAGAAAAUUUACUGAACACGGCAAAAGGCUGCGUGCGCCUCGCCAUUGCGAUACAUCCACUGUAAACUGAGCGAAUGGUACCGUGGCCGCAAGCUGCUCAGGGCCAAACCCCCACCCUCCUCCUUGACCCGCCUCUCACCUCCUCAUUUGCAUUAAAGCUGCAGACACCGAAACGUCGCGUUUGGGGAAAGCACAAUGUGCGACUGGCUCGUAGUGGCUGUAACUCUGCACCACAGCUGAAUUUCGGGGAACUUCUUUAAAUACUGUGUUAGAAGCCCACUAAUAUCUAUAUUAAAGCUUCCAUAAAGUAGCAUGCCAUGGGACCUUUAAAACACAACAUCCAAUACCACCGAAUACCCCAAAAACAGUGGUUACCGCCGAUAUAUUACUCGUAGACUACUGUUAGAUUCAAACAGCAAAGACAGAGACAUGUUAGAAGUCAACAACAACAUUAUUUAUUGCAGCAAUUAAAAUUCCAUAAUUACAUGUGCAGCUGAAAUGUACCAAUCAACUGCCUUUCACAAGGCAACCCUAUCACAAGGCAUAUAAUAAAAUCAAAUGAUUCCAUUGCACUUGUCUGAGAGGUCGCUUUUGAGCUGCACUUGCCAUCUCCCUCUGAUUUUAAUUCAACCAUCGUGGCUUAAAAUGUCCUCAUAGUGAUCAAUGACAGAAGACAUCAAUUAUUCAUGCUGAGAGACUAGCGGGUGUUAGAGAAUAUGUGCAGCCAUUUUUUGUUGCGAUUGUUUGCCAUAAAGCACUGUAGGCGCUUCGGAGGCACUGGAGGCUGUGAUGAAGUUCAGUAUUUCUAGACAGUUACGAACAUCCCGGACCUUAGUGGAGGGCACAAUCGACAAUCGCUGCGAGAAACUGCGAUGCGUGCCUGAACACGCUGCACGCUUUCCCGCUUGCAUUUCCCGCCCGUCAUACCCGGGCCCUGCCAAACACUACGGGAUCCAAAGCUUUCCUAAUCCGUCAACAAUAGCCGUAUCAAUGAUUAGGCCUAGGCCUGAUCACUUGUUUUUAAAAUCUUGAGAAUUCAUAUUAGUCUAUUCUUUCGUAGGCUACUUUGCUGUUGGCCUUGAUCGGGAGAUUUUCUUUGCUGCCACAAAAUAUAGUUACAUCUAACAACGUUCCUGCGUCUCCCCCUCCUACAGAGCCCAUUUCAGCACCGUGUCAGUGGACAGUUCCAAGCCUACGAACGUCGUUAGAGCAGUGCACGCACGUUCAUGUUAGGAGCAGUUUCGGGAAACGCUCGACUUAUUUUUUUUUUACAAAGGAGGGAGAGCGGGUUGGCUGGUAGCUGGAAGGUUGCCGGUACGAUCCCCGGCUCCUUCUGGUGUCGAGGUGUCCCUGAGCAAGGCACCUCAGCCUAACUUCCCCCGAAGAGCUGGCGUUCACCCAGCAUGGCUGACUCCUCUGUCGGUGCAGCUCCUGAUGGCGGUAGCGUGCUGCUGGAGCGGCGAGCAUGUUCCAAGGUCACUCACCAUGACCGUGUGCUCCUAAACCCCCCCAAUGCUGUCCGGUCUGAUCGGUCGGCCGAGGUUGUUGUUGUGCUGUUCGUUAAAGACCAGGCAAAGAGUUGGCCCGGACUAGCCUUGAUGGUGAUCAAGGCUCGAUCGGUAUACCCAACACUGGUUGGCUCAGCUUGUUGUCUUGCUGUUCGUUAAGGACCAGGAAAGAGCAAAAAAGUAUCUCUUUUGCCCCCUCUUCAUCACCGUUGGUUGACACGGACCUCCUCCAACACUGCUCUUCAUGCUCAUAGUCCCGUUGUACUUUUCGUUUCAAAGUGGACAACAUGUCUUAAAGAAACGCCUGAAGACGAAAUGAAUGCGGGCGCCAGGGGUACAACCGUCGAUCAAGUCUCAAACUCAGCGUCGGGGAGCGAAUGAAUGCGAUCAUCAGGGUUACCAAACUGUCAAUCAAGUAUCAAACGAACAAGCGAACAGCAAGGUCGUUAGGAUGGAGGUGGCGGAGGCACUCGACAACGCGCAGGACAUCAGCCCGGCGUUGGAGGCCACGGAGGACUUCCUCCACUGCCUGGACGGUAUCUACGACCGGAACCGCUGCCAGAACCACGCAGCAGACCGCCAGGACGUGUCCAACAGUGGUGGGGGGAAAUUUGGGUCCAACGCACACCCGGAGACACGGAGCAACGCCGCGGCCAAUGUGUGGUGCCUGCUCACUGGGGAGCGCUCCUCUGAGCUGGGGCCCAUGUCGUUCGCCUGGACCGGUGCCAACGGGCUGAGGCCCGGCAGGAAGUGGCGGGCGCAGUCCACCAACGACCUGGCGUCGCAGGCCCAGGAGUGCGCCCUGGAGUGUGGUCCCGUAUCCAACGCAGCCUUCAGGAAGGGUCACCACCGCUCGCGGUCGGACGUCCACUACCGGCCCUCUGCCUGCAACGACAACGGGAGGCCCGCCGCCGCGCCCCAGACCAGGGCGCCCCAGAACGCCCACUGGGAUGCUGACCGAGACGGCGGCCGUCCCAUCGUGGUGAAACAAGCGGACCUGGAGCGUCGCCACGGCGCCGGCUGGUCCCGCUGCCGCCUGCAGCUCACGCCCUGCGAGCUCCGCCUCUACGGCCCCGCCCACUCCGCCGGCUCCGCCCCCUACCGCCUGGUCACCGCCUACUCCCUCUCCCAUUGCCAGAGCGUGUGCUCCCCGGCGCCGCUGGACCCCGCCCCCACGUCCAAGGGCCCCCACCCGGCCCCCGUGGCCCCCGACGCCCGCACCUUCCACGCGCUCUUCUUCAACAGCACACACCUCCACCUGCGGGCGGAGAGCCGGCGCGAGGCCACGGAGUGGCAGCGGCUGAUCUGGGAGCGCGUCCUCGCCUCCCGUCCCCUCGACAACGGGCGCGGCGCCACGGAGACGGCGGCGGUGGCGGUCCCGGCGGCCCCGUCCCAGCGGCCCAGCGCCCUCCCCCUCUUCUCCCCGUCGCCGCGCAGCCCGGACGUCCUGAAGGUGGGGGUGCUCCACCUGCUGACGGAGCCCGGGGCCUGGAGGGCCUUCACCUUCGUGCUGAGCCGCAGCGUACUCCGGGCGUUCCUGACGGAGGGGCGUGGCCCCGUGUCGGAGCCGGCGUUCCGGUAUCAACUGGCCACCUGUCUGGGAGUGGAGAAAGAGGGGGAUACGAGGCGACGUCCGGGGGAACCCGGGAACACCGGGAAGGCCUACGGGAACGUCUUCAAGGCGGCGUUCCCUAAAGAGGUGGUGGUGCUACGGGCGGAGAGCGCGUCGGAGGCCCAGAGCUGGGUGGAGGUCCUGGGCGAGGCGCUGGAGCUGGAGAGCCUCCGACCCAGCCAGGAGCUCUGCCAGCCCUUCAGCCAGGAGGACGUGCUCCAGGGGACCCUGUCCCGGCCCCAGGGGCAGCAGCCGAGAGGGGCCCCCCAGCAGAAGGCCCCGGUCACAAGCAGCUUCCUCAGCAUCCUCCCCUGCCUGGCCGUGGAGAAGGGCCUCACCGCGCAGAGCUUCAGGUGUGCAGGCUGCCAGGGCCAGGUGGGCUUGUCUGGAGGCAGAGCCAAGGUGUGCUGCUACAGUGGCUGGUACUACUGCCCCGGCUGUCACCAGGACAACACCUUCCUCAUCCCAGCUCGUCUUCUGCACAACUGGGACACCGGCCAGCACAAGGUGUCCAAGCAGGCCAAGGAGUUCCUGGAGUUUGUGUACGAGGAGCCGCUGCUGGACGUGCAGCGGCUCAACCCCUUCCUCUACCAGCACUGUGAGGCCCUCAGCGCCGUGCUGCGCCUCAGGCAGCGGCUGCAGUCGCUGCGGGCCUACCUCUUCAGCUGCAGGGCCGUCGUGGCCGAGGACCUCAGGAGACGGAUCUUCCCCAGGGAGUACCUGCUGCAGCACAUCCACCUGUACUCCAUCGCUGACCUGCAACAGGUCAUCGAUGGUAAGCUGGCCCCCUUCCUGUCCAAGGUGAUCAAGUUCGCCAGCUCCCACGUGUUCAGCUGCAGCCUCUGUCAGGAGAAGGGCUUCAUCUGUGAACUCUGCAAAGACGGACAGGUCAUCUACCCCUUCCAGGAGAGUGCCACCAAGAGGUGUAAAGGUUGUGACGCCGUGUUCCACACUGAGUGCCACCAGAAGGCCCAGCCGUGCCCCCGCUGCGUGCGCCGUGAGAUGCACACCAGGCACUCGGCCUUCUGGGCGAACGAGGACGACGACCCCCCCGACUGCUACCAGAACACCUGAGAGGGCCCCCCCCCCCCCGACCCACAACAGAAGCCCACUGCAUUCUGGGAAGCCGGAUUUCCCUGCGUUUACUGGAAUCGGUCGAGUCUGAACAAAAAGGGGAAAGGCUUGUCUCCGAGAUUAGCAGUUAGCAUUUUGGGCUAAUGCUAACUCUGCAAGCUAACACGCUACGUAGCAGGUUAGCUUUGCGAUUUGUAGCUCCGCCUCCGAGUCGGUUUGGAUAACAGCGGCCGACUACUUUUUCCGAAAAUAUCGUGUUCCAAGGCGUGUAAUUUUUUUGGAAUUGCAGACAUUGCCGAUUUUAUUUUAAACGUUCACACUUAAUGAUAGUGUGUAAGCUCCGCCCAUGGCUCCUAUAGGCUGUCAUUGAUAGGUUGUUUAACUGACGCACAGCAAACCGGAUGUCGGACUACAUAGUGUUGGUGCUAGCUCGAGUUCUGGUAUAGGUUUAGAGUUAGGGCUACCUGCUGUUUGAAACAGACACACACACAAGCACACGCACACACACACACACGGGUACAUAAGCACAUACACACGAGGAAGAAGCAAUGAGCCACGUGCUGUAUGCUAAAUAAAGACUCUGUUUUCUCAAAGGACACCGCCUGCAAGACUAUAAUAAAUAAAUUAUAAACAUUAUAACCAUCCUCAAGAUACUUGAUUGGUGAAAAAAAUACAAGCCUAAGCUAACUCAAUAUUGAUUUUCAAAUUUAAUAAUUGUGAAACAAUGUCAUAUGCAAUAUAAUGUGUCUCUUGGGUUAUGUUCGAACACCGGUGUUUUGUGUUUAUGGCCACUAUUUAUUGUCUUUUUAUUUGUAAUAAUUUAUCUUUAUUGCCUCAUCAGAAUGUCCAUUCAGCCAACCCCUUUUUCUGUUACUGUAAAUUAUUUAUUAUUUAUUUCAAUAAAUGGUAAUAAAA